CGAUAGGAUUAUUUAUUUUAGUGAUCUAGCAUGUAUAGAAAACACAAGAAUGGAUAGAUGUGCCUUUCAUGCAUUGUGUAACAUGCUUAAAACGGUUGGAAGGUUAGAACCAAGUAGGAAUAUGGGUGUGGAAGAAAUGGUUGCCAUGUUUUUACAUAUUAUAGCACAUGACGUCAAAAUUAGAGUAAUAAAGAGACAAUUUGUGAGAUCUGAAGAAACAAUUAGUAGGCGGUUUAAUGAUGUAUUGCUUGCUAUUUUGAGAUGUCAUAAUCUCUUACUGAAGAAACCUCAACCAUUUAGCCAGGAUAGAAUGGAUGAACGAUGGAAAUGGUUCAAGAAUUGUCUAGGAGCCUUAGAUGGUACUCAUAUCAAAGUCAAUGUCCUUGAGGCUGAUAAGCCUAGAUAUCGAAACAAAAAAGGUGACAUAACAACCAAUGUGCUUGGAGUGGUUGCUCCUGAUAUGCAAUUUAUCUAGGUAUUGGCAGGUUGG